GGCUGGGGGAUACAGCAGAGCACUCUCUAACUCUGAGUCCCUCUCAGCCAGCCGGAAUAUAAGCAGGAUACUGAUUGCCCAUGGUCUGGGAGUUGGAAGGCGCACUAGCUGCUUGCGUGAGUGGGAGUUAUGCGGACUUGUGCGAAUUCCAGCAGUGGGUGCCUUCUGUGCCCUUAGUGCCACUCUCCCUCCUCAGUACUUGGACUUGAUCUCUAGGAGUAAUGCCCAUCCUGCCGAGAAGAAGGAAAUAGGACUGUCAGUAUCCAAGAAGCCUCGAAUGUGGGAUUUGGGCGUCCUACCUAUCACCAAGUGCGCCUGCAUAGCUGUGUGCCAAUGUGAGUGCCAGCGCGUUUCUGUGUGAGUGUCAUAGUGUGCUUGUGUGAGUUCCAGUGUGUAUGUAGGGAGACAUUCCUUUAACUCCCAGAUGACCACAGAGAAGCCGAGCCAACACUUAGAUCCUUCAGCUGCUCCUAUCAGAACCAACCCCGCCACAGGGACUCUACAGAGCGCAUUGAUGAGCCAGCAAUCCACAGCCAUGGACACCACCUCCUCCUCCUCUUCCUCUUCUAAGAACAAGAAGCCAAAUUCAGGUCUCCGGCGCCCAGAAAAGCCACCUUACUCCUAUAUCGCCCUGAUAGUCAUGGCCAUACAGAGCUCUCCAACCAAAAGGCUCACCCUCAGCGAGAUCUACCAGUUCCUGCAGGCCCGAUUCCCCUUUUUCAGGGGCUCCUACCAGGGCUGGAAGAACUCUGUGCGCCACAACCUUUCCCUAAACGAGUGCUUUAUUAAACUGCCCAAAGGGCUUGGCAGGCCGGGCAAAGGCCACUACUGGACAAUUGACCCUGCUAGUGAGUUUAUGUUUGAGGAAGGCUCUUUUCGCCGCAGACCUAGAGGCUUUAGAAGAAAAUGUCAAGCCCUGAAACCCAUGUACAGGAUGAUGAACGGCAUUGGCUUCAGCACUUCCAUCUUGCCCCAAGGCUUUGAUUUCCAGGCCCCACCUGCAUCUCUGACCUGUCAUAGUAAUGGCUACAACCUAGACAUGAUGUCAAACUCUAUGGCUGGUGGCUACGAUGGCUUGGCUGGGGGCCACCAUGUUCCACACAUGUCUCCCAAUCCUGGUUCUACUUACAUGGCCAGCUGCCCCGUGUCCUCCAGUGGGGAUUAUGGCCCAGACAGCAGCAGCAGCCCGGUUCCCUCUUCCCCUGCCAUGGCCAGCGCUAUGGAAUGCCAUUCUCCUUACACAAGCCCCACGGCUCACUGGGCAUCUUCAGGGGCAUCUCCUUACCUGAAGCAACAGCCUAUGCCCCCCAGCAACGGUGCCUCUGCUGGUAUCCACACAGGCGUGUCGCCAUACUCCCUAGAACAGAGUUACCUCCACCAGAACCCCCGGGAGGAUCUAUCAGUGGGACUGCCCCGGUACCAACACCACUCCUCUCCAGUGUGCGACAGGAAAGAUUUCGUUCUUAAUUUUAACGGGAUUUCAUCUUUUCACCCGUCUGCCACUAGCUCCUAUUAUCACCACCAUCACCAUCAAAGUGUUUGCCAGGAUAUAAAGCCCUGCGUGAUGUGAGGAGCCAGGGAGCAGCAAACACAAUGCGCGACAGUGAGCGCUCAGUUGACAGCGAGACGCAGAUAAGUUCCGCGUUAGACGCAGAUAAGUUCCGCCCUGUUGUACAAGCACCCAGCGGUUCGCGCAACACGGGACACGCACACCUUCCUUUAUAAUGUACUCUCUUCUGGCCCUUCAGAACCCGCAGGACUGCUCAGCUACCGUGGGGAUAAUAAUAACAUUAGGUAUGUUUACAGUUUGUAUGCAGUUGGCCAAUUCUGUAAGAAGGCGGCAGAGGAACUCUUUAUAACGUGCCUUGUUAAACUAUGGAUUUCCUGUUGUUGCUCUACUACAAAUCCCAGCAUCCCCUGUUACUAUGGGCAGCUGCAAAACAAGAUGCUUUGUACUGUAGUUUAGCAACUCCUUCAUGGGUGGCGUUCACAAUAACGUUGUUGUUGUCUGUUAUAUUUUUAAGUGUACUUGUUAAUGUUUGGACUCAGAUUGAAUCAACAUUUUUUUUAAUCAAGUUAAGUUGGUAUUGUGAUUUUGUAUGAGCCCCCCUCCCAAUCACACAUCAUUUCAAUUGGUAAUUGUGUGAAGCUGUAGUAGUAGAAAAAAAAAGUCCUGUAUUUAUGUGGCAAAACUGCACUUAGACCAGAAUUUGAAUCUGUCCUUUUCCUCCCACAUAAAAAACAAACUUUAAUGAACUUAUUCAUUCUCUGCACACAGUGUAUAUCUAUAGACAUUGUACAAUUUAAAACAACAGAGAUAUAGUGAUAUUAAUGAUCACACAGCCAAAACCUUUAGGAUUUAACCCCAACAGCCUUUGAAAAAUCUGACAAAUGAUUGCUUAGGCCUGAGUUAUAUGGUGGGAUUAUAAAUGCAUGUUAUUUCCAGACAAUUUGUGCAAGAAUUAUGUUGUCCACAUAUAGAGACUUAGAACCUUCUCAUUUUGGAUUGUCUGUAUGAGCCCCUCAAAAGGAAAGUAAUCGCCCUACAAUCCCGUCAAAAUUCAAUUGCUGUGGUGUAUGCUUCCCAUUAGUACAUGUGAAUGCAGCAUCAACAGACUAGAAAGUGAAUGAGGCUGGACCUCCCUCAGCUGUCAGUACUAUUAGCCAAAAGUUGAUCAAUGCAAAUGAUGGUCCACAUCUUACAGUAUCCAACAAACUGGGUGUGUGGGUUGAUCAGUCAGAGAGGUAGAAGAUCUGUGAGUGGACACAUAAAACCUAAAAGCCUAUGAUUGCUUAUUCAGCUAAACCCUACGAUUCUUAAGAUGAUGAUAACUAAAAUACUUAACCAAUAAUGUGAAUUUAAAAUAUAUAUAUAUUUUUAUCCCUGAAACUUAUGUACUUGGUUUCUCCAUGAUGUUGCAAACCCUGGAAAAUUUGGCAUGAAUAAGCGACCACUAUAUCCGCUAUGGAGAAAUAACGACUUUUUUCCUUACUUUUAAUUGUGGCUCAAAAAGUCCAGAAUGGAAGGCAAGGGAUGUGCAGUUACAAGCCUCUGGAAUUAGGGUAAAGGUAUGGGAUCCAUUAUUCGGAAACACGUCAUCCAGAAUGUUUACAGGAUAGUCAUCUCCAAUAGAUUUCAUUUUAAUCAAACAAUUCUAAUUUUUAAAUUUGAUUUUCUUUUUCUCUGAAACAAUACCUUGUAUUUGCUUAACCCUGUUGUAGGCUAAACAAUCCUAUUGGGCUUAUUGAUUGUUUAAAUGAUUUUUUCUUCGUAAACUUAUCCGGAAAGCCACAGGUCCGAGCAUUCUGGAUAACAGGUCCCGUACUAGGAAGGUUUUAAAAAUCUCUUAAACUUGCUAAAUGGCAAUGCACUUUGUGGCAUAGUUCCUCCAGUAGUAAGUAAAAAACCCUUUAAUUUCCAAAUACUGUCUGCAUAUUCUCUGUUCUUAGUGUUAUUCUCUUUCAUUUUUGCUGCCUCCAAAGGGAAAAGCACUGGAAAAAUGUCACCUCAAUAGUGUUAAAUUCUUAUGUUUCUAAAUACACAUAGCCAAAAGCAUUUAUGGUUUUGGUGAAUUCUCAGUUUGCCCAUUGUUAAAUAUAUGGUCUCUCUCGUUUUUUGCAUGUAAUUGGCUGUAUGGAUAUACAUUUCAUUGGAUGCACCUGGGCUAUCUAAUUUUGUUUUUUUUGGUAAUUCAUUAUUACAAUACCAUAUAUAUAUAUAUAUAUAUUAAGUAAGGGUUGCUGGCACUUAUGUCAAUAGAGAGAUAAUGUGCCUGGGUGCAGUCUUCAACAAAAUAAGGUAAAUACAAUUGCUGAUAGAAGCCGCUCUCACAGGUCUUAUAAAGCAAAUAAAGUGUUUUAUUGAAGAAAGUGAACUGUAGCACCAGCCUUUCUCAAACUUCUCUCAACUUUGAGAAAGGCUGGUGCUACAGCCGAACACUUUGGGGCUGAUUCACUAAAGGUCAAUAACGCUUAUUGCAUGUUUUUUUGUUUUAAAAAGCAUGCGAUAAAUAAGUACCGAUGCAUCAAAGCAAUUUCGCAUGCGUUAAUCCACAUAUCGCAUGCGGAAAAAAAUGCAUUAUCGCAAAGCGUUAUUUCUAACGCAUUGCGUUAAUUAGCAAAUAGAAAUAGUACUAACGCUAGCGCUAAAUAUCGCAUUAGUCUGUGUGAAUAUUAACAACUACUUGGGGUAGGCGGUACUUUAAGAAAAUUGCGGUUCGUGAACUUUUGGCAACACAAUAUGAACUUUGCAGUGGGAUUUUUUCAAGUAUGUGUUGGCCCUAGAGUGAUGCAUCCUCCAGUUUGCAGGGAAAUGGUAAUUUUCAGAACAGUAGUUUUCAGAAAGUAACUGCUAUGUGCGUAAUAGUGUGCACUAAUAUGGCGUGCUAUAUUUCGCACGUGGCGGAAAUUAUCGCGCAUGCAUUAAAAUAUCUUGUAAAAUCAGUCAUCGCGAGUUAAAUAACGCAAAGAACAUCGCUUCUUAAUUAUGACACGUGUGCUUUUAGUGACAAAAAAAGCAAUAAAAUUUUUAACGCAUGCUAUAAAUAGCGCUCAUUUUAUCGACCUUUAGUGAAUCGGCCCCUUUAUUUGCUUCAUAAGACCUGUGAGAGCAGCUUCUAUCAGCAAUUGUAUAUAUAUAUAGAGAGAGAGAGAGAGAGAAAGAGAGAGAGUAUUAUGGACUCAAAGGUGUUUUUUUAAUGUCCAACAUUUCAGUCACCUCUAUAUGACCUUUUGAGUUCACGUUACUAGUAGUUACAAAGAAAAAUGGUCCUACAGCAUUCUAAAUAAACCAAAGUAUUUUAUAUAAUGGCCAACUUGCCAGUCACCUCAGCGUGACCUUGAAGGUCAUGCUGAGGGGACUAAAAAGGUGGCCAUUAAAUGAUGUAUUUUGGUUUACUUAAAAUAUUGAGCUCUAAGCUAUUUUUCUAAUUAUAUAUAUUUUUGUUUCUCUAUGCACCUUUUGAGUGUUUGUAUAUAUAUAUAUAUAUAUAUAUAUACACACACACACACACACACAAUGUGGCCCAGAUAGCACUUGUUGACUUGUCAAGAAUAAGGGUACUCUGUUGUGUUUUGUUUGUGCAGCAUUAUGUCCAUAUUGUUUCAUUUACACCACAGAGAGCUUUGUUUUCCCGUUGUCCAUUAUCCUAUAUGUUUUUUUAAAUAUACAACAUAUCAUUGUUAAAUUCUUUGUGAUUUCAUAUUUACCAUACUUUUUGGGAAAAAAAUUCACAGUUUCACAGCAAUUUCAUAAUUUUGUCUUCAAGGCAACAGGGAGUUAGUAUUUUUAGGUGAUAGGUGAAACUUGAUUUCCCCUUUUAACCCCCCCCUACUCUAAUCUUUGCUGUUUUUCUAGAUGAGUGGGGAGAAUACCCCUUAUUUGUAUCUUUCUGUUUAAUAAUAUAAAAGUCAAUGAUGGCAUUUGCAGUUACAGGUAUUGUGCUCUUUUUUUAGCUUCUUUAUUGCCUCUUUAUUCUGCAUUAGCAAAUAUUCUACAUGUAGCCAGUGAAAAAUAUUGACAUUUGCUGGAGUAAUUUCCCAUGUUCAAUUCAGUUUUAUGGUAUGAAAGAGUAUGCAUUUUUCUUGGCCCCCCCAGAAAUUUAGGGCCAUUAAGAGGGAAAAAUGAGGAUAAAAGCAAAUGAUAAGUUGUUCAACAGUUGUUAGAUUUAUUAUAUAUAUCUGGGACAGCUUGUAGUCCACUGGCUCCCAGAAUUAACUGACAGAUUUAGGUACAUUCUGGUAGUUUAACAGCAACUAGAUGGUCAAGGUUGGGCAUCCUUUAAAUAUACUGUAUAUCCUUUAUUAGAUAUACUGUAUAUUUUUACCUUAGACCCUCAUCCUCAGUUUUGCUGCAGUGCCCAAGGAGCUGUUAAUAUUUGUAGAAUUAAACAUUUAAGACUUAUAGCGUCGCCUCCUCUUUCCAAAAAAAUUGGGUUUGAAAUAUUUUUGCCCCCACAAUUGUGAGCUGUAGUGUAAAUCAUAUAAUUAUAGGUACAAUCUAUUAAAUAGCAUUUUCUGGAGAAAAUAAAAAAGCUUAAUAAUAGUUUUUACAUAAAAACAUAAUUCAGUGUUAAUAUUUGCAGUGUUGCAGUAUUCUUUGAUAAAUCCUUUACACUGGUGACUACUUACUUUUAGCAACAUCUAAAAGUAAGCACCAAUUUACAAAAUAGUGAAGGUGUGAUGUUCAAAAUUAACCAUAUUCAGGGUAAUGAUAAUAGUCCUGCAACAAUGAUUUUGCCAUUGUGGAAUGUUUGAAUUAGAGACCUUGUUCCCCUAAGAAACAAUGUCCCCUAAGAAACAAUGUCACAUCCAUGGCUAAAUACAAAAUAAUGUUUUAAGUUGUGCCAUGAUUCCCAGUUCACUGGAUUAAGUUUUAAACUGUGAUUUUAAAUAGUAUACUGUUGGAUUUUUCAAAUGGCGGUAGGACAUAAUAGUUUUCAGUAGAACUUGGCCCAUGAAUAUCUGGGUCUGGAGUUUAGCUGACCUUCCACGAUAGUCCACGAAAAAGUGGUUGGACAGUGCUAAUCUUUAGUAAUGCUUUUUUUUUCAUUCUAAACAACCUUUGCAAUAAAAAAAGCAGUAUUCCCUCAACAACCUGCAUGUGUCUUACAGGCCAUUUCAUCGGUUUCAGGGAAGAGCAGAGAGGGCAUUUGUUUUUGGCCCCUAGCAUCAGAGUGUUGUAAUAACUGAGAUUAAAGUAUAGAGAACUUGUGGGUUACAAUUGUUAAAUACUGUAUUUCCAAUGUAUUUCCACAUCAAGGAUUUCUAAUAUGCUGGCCUUUAUCUGCCAUGGAUUCCAUAUAAGUAGUAUUUUCUUGACUAUUUCCCUACACUUAACCUAUACAAUAAAUCUCAACCUCUUGGUAGAUAAGCUAUGAUAAUCACCACUGACCUUGCUGUCAGAAUAGAUGUUACAGUGUAGUAGUGCUCUCUGGCCCAUGUGAGUUGUACUCGUUAUACAAAGGGGAAAAAAGGAGAACAAAAUAAUUAAUACAUACAAAUGUAAACCAUUCCACUAGAAAAAAAGCUGCAGAUUAUAAAAUAAACUCAGCAAAGUCAAGAUGAGACAGAGACAGUAUGCACUUGUGGUUCACGAUACCAACGAAAGUAUUAGAUCAAAAAUUGUAUAUAGAAAUCUUUAGCAGUAUUUUAGAACUGUGAUGUUACAUAGGUUAGGUGUUUUUUUACCACAGUAUUUUUUGACUAUGUAAUUGAACUGUGUAUAAUCACACAAUUGCUUUAAGGAGAGAAUAUAUUUGCACUUAUGUAUACUUAGGAUUUUGUUCAGAUAUUCAGAUGUACAUUUUGUUUUUUUCCAAUAAAAUGUUUAUAAUUAAAGUUA